AUGACGACGAAUGGGGAUAAGGAAUUGAAUGAGAUAUGGAAGUCAUUACAAGAGUCAGAUAGCUCUCUUGACUUGAAGAGAAAGGAAGUUCUUACAUCGAUCCAACAGAAUACUGAAUUAAAUGAUUUUCCCCACAAACUCGCCAUCAUGACAGCAUUGGAUGAACUUAUUGGCUGUUUUGCACUUGGUGGGCAAUUUAAAAACUACUAUAGAUAUGGCUCGUAUGACUCGUGUCAGCGACAGAGAGAGAAGUUCUGGUUUGCAAUGAAGCAUGGCUCGAUGUUUGAAAGCGGAGGACAGGAGAAGCCUAUCGAAGAGCUCAGCGAGAAAGAGUUGAACAGUAGAAUCAAGAUCCAGGAGUUUUAUAAAAAGAGGCUAUUGGAGGAUAAAGCUAAAGGUAGUUCAGAGGAUAUAUGGGAUGCUAGGAAAGAAUUAGUGGAUUAUCCAUUUAGGUGA